AACUUUUGAAAUGGCUUCCAGUAAAAUACUACCCUCUACCAGUUGAUAUUGGACAGGCUUGUUCAAUGUAGUUACCUCUCAAAUCAGCUUCUUCACUUCUCCUCAAAAUCCCGAUCAGCAUCAUGAGCCUUUUGAGUUACUUCUCAAGUCAGAACUCGAAAAACAGGUCUUAAUUUUUACUCUCAAACAAGGGUCGAUGAGCAAGCAGGAAUCAAUCCUAGAUGAUUACAAAACACUCGUAAUCACAAUGAAAAGGCUGGUAUGAAGAUUAAAAACUUUACGCAAGCUGAUUGACAAGCAGUCCUCUUCUCACCCAAAUUAUGACUUUAAGUUAAAAAUCCAGGAUUUAUUGCAAUGUAUACUAACAAGUUGUGAAAAAGAAUUUAAAAUUAGCUCUCAUGGGGGAAGAAUACUGAACUUGUUUAUUAUCCUCAAGAAGCUUACUGUCAACCUAUUUCUUUUGUUUUCCAAAAGAUUUUCAUAUACCAAUGAAACGGUUAUGUUACCAAGGGAGAAAGGUAUUCCCUCACUAAAAAUUGGCAAAGACACUCAGGAAAGCUUUAAUAAGAAUAGCCUGACUUCUGAAGGAGAGAGGGUUGGGGCUCAAGCCUCUCCAAAACUGAAAGAUUCAUUAAUUUCCAAUUCCCAGUUUACUACUCCCCUUCCCUGCUUACCUUCUAUCGUAGCUCUAGAGGCCACCCUGGCCUCUCCAGAGCUCCUCUCCUAGGCCUACAUAACUUGUGUGGGACAUUGGAGAAUAUUGUAUGUUUUAGACUAUAACAUUAGGCUCUAAACUCCUUGUGUUAUUUUACUAUUCGUUUUUAAUUCCAGU